AUGACAAUACCUGUUGCAGGCAAUCCAGCAGUUAGCUGUUUGGAACAGCAGCCCCGCAACAAAGCUUUAAAAGCUCUGGACACAAGGUUUGGGAGGAAGCUAAGUGUUAUCAGGGGAAUUGUUGAACAGGAAAUCCAAGCAAUGGUAUCUAAGAGAGAUAAUAUUGCUACUCAUCACUUAUACCAAGCUUGGGACCCUGUUCCAUCGCUUUCUCCUGCUACUACAGGUGCUCUUAUCAGCCAUGAAAAACUCUUACUACAGAUCAAUACUGAACGAGAAAUAGGAGAUAUGGAUUAUAAACUGGGACAGGUCUCUAUACACUCCAUAUGGUUAGGAAAUAAUAUCACUCCGUUGAGAGAAGAGGAGUGGGGUGAGGAUGAAGAAGAUGAGAAUGACAUACCUGCUCCUUCCUCACCACCAACCUCUCCUGUUAACACCAGGAAACACCGGGCUGGUGUAGAUAUACAUUCUUGUUCUCAGUUCUUGCUUGAGCUGUAUAGUCAGUGGAUAUUGCCAUCAAACCCUAGCAAGAGAACACCAGUCAUUUUGAUUAGCGAAGUGGUGCGAUCACUUCUGGCAGUAUCAGAUUUAUUUACAGAAAGGAAUCAGUUUGAGAUGAUGUAUACAACAUUGACAGAAUUGCGAAAGGUGCAUCCAUCCGAAGAUGAGAUUCUUGUACAGUAUUUGAUACCAGCCACUUGUAAAGCUGCUGCUGUUCUUGGAAUGGAUAAAGCUGUGGCUGAACCAGUAAGUCGACUCCUGGAAUCAACCCUAAGAAGCACCCAUAUGCCAAGUCGAAUUGGAGCUCUGCAUGGAAUUCUUUAUAUCCUUGAGUGUGACUUGCUUGAUGAGACAGCGAAGCAACUCAUUCCAAUUAUCAGCGAGUAUCUGCUCUCCAAUUUGAGAGGAGUAGCACAUUGUGUGAAUAUCCAUAACCAACAGCACAUCUUGGUGAUGUGUGCAGCUGCUUUCUAUUUGAUUGAGAAUUACCCACUUGAUGUAGGGCCUGAAUUCUCUGCAGGAAUUAUACAGAUGUGUGGAGUCAUGGUGUCUGGAAGCGAUGAAUCGACGCCGUCCAUUAUUUAUCACUGUGUCCUGAGAGGACUAGAACGACUCCUUCUUUCAGAGCAGCUUUCUAGGCUGGAUAGUGAAUCGCUAGUUAAACUGAGUGUUGACAGAGUGAAUGUGCAGAGCCCUCACAGAGCAAUGGCAGCACUUGGGUUAAUGCUGACUUGCAUGUACACAGGAAAGGAAAAAAUCAGCCCCAGUCGUACUACAGAUGCAAAUCCUGCUGCUCCUGACAGCGAAUCUGUGAUCGUAGCUAUGGAACGAGUAUCUGUCCUUUUUGAUAGGAUCAGGAAGGGAUUUCCUUUUGAAGCUAGAGUAGUGGCUCGCAUUCUUCCACAGUUCCUUGAUGAUUUUUUCCCCCCGCAAGAUGUAAUGAAUAAAGUUAUUGGAGAAUUUUUAUCCAAUCAGCAGCCAUACCCACAGUUCAUGGCAACAGUAGUUUAUAAGGUAUUCCAGACGCUACAUAGCACUGGACAGUCCUCAAUGGUCCGUGACUGGGUGAUGCUGUCUCUCUCUAAUUUCACACAAAGAACACCUGUGGCAAUGGCAAUGUGGAGCCUUUCCUGUUUUUUUGUCAGUGCUUCCACCAGUCAAUGGAUUUCAGCAAUUCUUCCGCAUAUUAUCAGCAGAAUGGGAAAAUCUGAGCAAGUGGAUGUUAACAUCUUCUGUUUGGUGGCCAUAGACUUUUACCGACAUCAGAUAGAUGAAGAAUUAGAUCGGAGGGCCUUUCAGUCGGUGUUUGAGGUGGUAGCAUCUCCAGGAACCCCAUAUCAUCGCCUACUAACUUGUUUGCAAAAUGUCCACAAGGUCACAGCAUGUUGAACAUCCUGAUGUGUAAUGGAACUGCAUGAGUAGUGUUGGAAUCCGAUACGAGUUAUGGGGAAUGCAAGAUCAAGAAAGUCUGUGGGGUUGCAUUUGUGAUAAAUAUGGACCUGCCAGUUUUACUUUCAGAAUGCAUGGACAAGUGUUCUGCAGCACUGGAAAUCACCUGGAAAGUCUAGUGUAGUUCUUCUUGAUGUUGUUGUUGACACUGGGCACCUAUGAGGGCAAAGUAAUAUGUCAACAUUUUUCAAGUGGUGUUUGGGACUAACCUGAGACGUGAUUACUAACUGAAAUGUGAGCAAGUACUACAAUGCAAGGUAACUGGUGUUACUCUUCUUCCUCAUGUUCAGCUGAAGGCACUGUGUUGCAGCCAGUAAGAAACUGACAGGAAGGCUGUUACUGCAAGCUGCAGUCAUUAGAAAAUGUCAUAGUUUUAUGUACCUGUAUAUACUGUUGUGUAGUA